AUGCCUCACGCUGCAAAUUGUCGUGCGUCAAAAUUUGGACGCUCCGUUGCUGUUCGCGGCUGCGGUGCCGUGGAGGUGCCGGGCGGGCUCGGCCACCGCCGCGCUGCUCCCCGGCGCUGUCCCGGGCCGCAGCUUCUCCCCGGGGUUGUUGCUGCUCCUUUGCUGCGCGCGUGGGUCCAGGACCGGGACCUGGCUUUAUUUGCGAUUCAGAAGGAGACAAAUAACAAAAUGAACAGUCUAGCUAUUAAGAGAAUAACAAAUGAAAUUAUCAAAUCACCUGAAGAUAAGCGGGAAUAUCGUGGACUGGAAUUGGCAAAUGGCAUUAAAGCACUUCUCAUCAGCGACCCCACCACAGAUAAGUCUUCAGCAGCACUUGAUGUACACAUAGGAUCCUUGUCCGAUCCCCCCAACAUUGCGGGGCUUAGCCAUUUUUGUGAGCAUAUGCUGUUCCUGGGGACCAAGAAAUACCCCAAAGAGAACGAGUACAGUCAGUUCCUCAGCGAGCACGCAGGGAGCUCCAACGCCUUCACCAGCGGCGAGCACACCAACUACUACUUCGACGUGUCGCAUGAGCAUCUAGAAGGUGCCCUGGACAGAUUUGCCCAGUUUUUCCUGUGCCCUUUGUUUGAUGAGAGCUGCAAAGACAGGGAAGUGAAUGCAGUUGAUUCUGAGCAUGAAAAGAAUCUAAUGAAUGAUGCCUGGAGGUUGUUUCAGUUGGAGAAGGCUACUGGAAACCCCAAUCAUCCCUUCAGCAAAUUUGGAACAGGGAACAAACUAACUCUGGAAACUAGACCAACCAAAGAAGGAAUAGAUGUAAGACAAGAGCUAUUGAAGUUCCAUUCUACUUAUUAUUCAUCAAAUUUAAUGGCUAUUUGUGUUUUAGGAAGAGAAUCCUUGGAUGAGCUGACUAGUUUAGUGGUGAAGUUAUUUUCAGAAGUAGAAAACAAAAAUGUCCCUAUACCGGAGUUCCCUGAACAUCCUUUUCAAGAAGAACACCUCCGGCAACUUUACAAAGUGGUACCUAUUAAGGACAUUAGAAAUCUUUAUGUCACAUUUCCUAUACCAGACCUUCAGAAAUACUACAAAUCAAACCCUGGUCAUUAUCUUGGUCAUCUGAUUGGGCAUGAAGGCCCAGGGAGCCUUUUGUCAGAGCUUAAAGCCAAAGGCUGGGUAAAUACUCUCGUUGGAGGGCAGAAGGAAGGUGCUAGAGGUUUCAUGUUUUUCAUCAUUAAUGUGGACUUGACGGAGGAAGGACUUUUGCACGUUGAAGAUAUUAUUUUGCACAUGUUUCAAUAUAUUCAAAAAUUACGCACAGAAGGACCUCAAGAAUGGGUUUUCCAAGAGUGCAAGGAUCUAAAUGCUGUGGCUUUCAGAUUUAAAGAUAAAGAACGACCAAGAGGUUAUACGUCGAAACUUGGAGGAAUGUUGCAUUAUUAUCCUAUAGAAGAAGUGUUGGCUGCUGAAUAUUUGCUUGAAGAAUUCAGGCCUGAUUUAAUAGAGAUGGUAUUAGACAAACUGAGACCAGAAAACGUUCGAGUUGCAAUAGUUUCUAAGUCUUUUGAAGGAAAAACUGAUCGAACAGAAGACUGGUAUGGAACACAGUACAAACAAGAAGCAAUUUCUGAUGAAGUCAUUAAGAAAUGGCAAAAUGCUGACCUGAAUGGGAAAUUCAAGCUCCCGAUGAAGAAUGAGUUCAUUCCUACUAACUUUGAGAUUUUGCCAUUGGAAAAAGAUGCAACACAGUACCCAGCCCUUGUCAAAGACACUGCUAUGAGCAAACUGUGGUUCAAGCAAGAUGACAAAUUUUUUUUGCCAAAAGCUUGUCUCAACUUUGAGUUUUUCAGCCCAUUUGCUUACGUGGAUCCCUUGCAUUGUAACAUGGCCUAUUUGUACCUUGAACUACUCAAAGACUCCCUCAACGAGUAUGCAUAUGCAGCAGAACUAGCUGGCUUGAACUAUGAUCUCCAAAAUACCAUCUAUGGGAUGUAUCUUUCUGUAAAAGGUUAUAAUGACAAGCAACAUAUCUUGCUCAAGAAGAUCAUUGAGAAAAUGGCCACUUUUGAGAUUGAUGAAAAAAGAUUUGAAAUUAUCAAGGAAGCGUAUAUGAGAUCACUUAACAACUUCAGGGCGGAACAGCCUCAUCAACAUGCAAUGUAUUAUCUCCGACUCCUCAUGACGGAAGUUGCUUGGACCAAGGAUGAGUUAAAAGAAGCUCUAGAUGAUGUCACUCUCCCCCGCCUCAAGGCCUUUAUAUCUCAACUGUUGUCACGGUUACACAUUGAAGCUCUUCUCCAUGGCAAUAUAACAAAACAGGCUGCAUUAGGAAUUAUGCAGAUGGUUGAGGACACUCUCAUUGAGCACGCUCAUACAAAGCCGCUUCUUCCCAGUCAGCUAGUGAGAUACAGAGAAGUACAACUUCCCGACAGAGGCUGGUUUGUUUAUCAACAGAGAAAUGAAGUUCAUAACAAUUGUGGAAUUGAAAUAUAUUACCAGACAGACAUGCAGAGCACCUCUGAGAAUAUGUUUUUGGAGCUCUUUUGUCAAAUUAUCUCAGAACCAUGUUUCAAUACUCUGCGCACCAAGGAGCAAUUAGGUUACAUUGUCUUCAGUGGUCCACGUCGGGCAAAUGGCAUUCAAGGACUGCGAUUUAUUAUCCAAUCUGAAAAGCCACCUCACUAUUUAGAAAGCAGAGUUGAAGCAUUCUUAAAAACUAUGGAAAAAUGCAUAGAAGAUAUGACGGAAGAGGCCUUCCAAAAACACAUCCAAGCUUUAGCAAUUCGUCGCCUAGACAAACCAAAGAAGUUGUCUGCAGAAUGUGCUAAAUACUGGGGAGAAAUAAUUUCCCAGCAGUAUAACUUUGACAGAGAUAACAUUGAAGUGGCUUAUCUAAAAACUCUGACCAAGGAUGAUAUCAUACAGUUCUACAAG